AUACCUGAGAUGUGGCGCUAGAGGAUAAUGCCUCCAUUAUUCUUUUUUGUGAUAAGAGGCGUGUGACCUCCAUUCUUCACAAUUCUUCCAAAAAAUAUUAAAAAAGACGAAUAAUCUUUAGGAAAAAAAUAUUAUUUAUAUACUGAUUUACAAGAAAUAUUUAUGAAUAAUGGCUGCUGGUUUCUUCAAUCGUCUAAGUCAGGCUGGUUUAGCAGUAGCACUUACUGGAGGUGUUGUGAACUCAGCUUUAUACAAUGUUGACGGAGGUCACAGAGCAGUAAUUUUUGACAGAUUUGCCGGAAUUAAAAAAAAUGUAGUUGGUGAAGGAACUCACUUUUUUAUUCCUUGGAUACAAAAACCAAUUAUUUUUGACAUUCGUUCACAGCCACGAAAUGUUCCCGUAGUGACGGGAAGUAAAGAUUUACAAAACGUCAAUAUUACAUUACGUAUUCUCUUCAGACCAAUGCCUGAAUCUUUGCCUAAGAUUUAUACAGUUCUUGGAGUCGAUUAUGACGAACGAGUAUUGCCUUCUAUCACCACAGAAGUGUUGAAGGCUGUUGUCGCACAAUUCGAUGCUGGUGAGUUGAUUACGCAGCGAGAACUGGUAUCCCAAAAAGUGAGAGAAGAUCUUACUGAACGUGCCUCACAAUUUGGAGUCAUUCUUGAUGAUAUUUCUAUCACGCAUUUAACAUUUGGCAAAGAAUUUACUCAAGCCGUAGAAUUAAAACAAGUAGCCCAACAAGAAGCUGAAAAAGCUAGAUUUUUAGUAGAACGAGCCGAACAACAGAAAAAAGCAGCAAUUAUUAGUGCUGAAGGUGAUGCACAAGCUGCAAGUUUGCUUGCUAAAUCUCUAGGAGAUGCUGGUGAUGGUCUUGUUGAGCUUAGAAGAAUCGAAGCUGCUGAAGACAUCGCUUACCAACUAUCAAGAUCCCGACAAGUAGCAUAUUUGCCUACUGGUCAAGGUGUAUUACUUAAUCUUCAACAGUAAAAUUUUGACACCAUCAUUAUUAAUGACCAGAUGAAUAAUUAAAUGUUAACUGUUGCAUUGUAAGAAUAGCAUUGUACAUCACUAGCAUGUUUAUAAUAUGCUAACAUCUCUUUUUUUGAUUAAUAUUAAUUUAGAUAUUUCUCUGAGAGAAUUAAACUUUUUAUCAAAUCUC